GUUGAAGGACUUUCCAGGUUGCGCUGCCAUGGGCGCCGUUCAAAUUAAACCGUUGUCACAUGCUUCGUUACACGUAACACCCGUCAAUGUGAGUUGGUCGAAUAUCUUCUGAUAGCUGAACGUUGUGUUCUCGUUCAGAGAAUGCAUUUACAUCUAAAUUUAAUCGCUGCUGCCUGCGAAGGCAUGGGAAUCGGCGUGAACGGGUCCUUACCAUGGAAAUUGAAAAGCGAAAUGGCCUUCUUCACGCACAUGACGUCGAAAACGACAGACCGAUGUAAAAAGAACGUUGUUCUGAUGGGACGAAGGACGUGGGAGUGCAUACCGACUAAAUACAGGCCGUUACAAAAUCGUGUAAACAUGGUCCUGACAUCGCAGUUUUUGAACGUCGGGGACAGUGCGAUCCUUUGCAAAAGUAUACCGCACGCGAUCGAGAUUAUCUCGCAGCCUCCGCUAAAGGAUCAGAUCGAAAGUAUAUGGGUAAUCGGAGGCAGCUCCGUGUACAAAGCUGCAAUGGAAUCUCCUUACUUUCAUCGGUUAUACUUAACACGAGUAAGAAAGCAUUUCGAGUGCGACACCUUCUUCCCGACGAUUCCUAACGACAUUGUCUUGAAGCAAGAUACAGAUGUUCCUCAAGGCGUACAAGAAGAGAACGGUAUUCAGUUCGUGUACGAAGUAUACGAGAAAAAGUAAGCGGAUUUCAAUGGAUGCAAAAUACUUCAGAUUUUCUACUCUUUAUAUUUUGGAAUAAAAGUAUUUUUCUCAAAGUCUCA